UUUUUUUUUGUGUGUCCGCGUUGCUUUUUUUGAGUUGUUUCUUUCGUUGAUAAUUCUAAAUUAUCUUACAAAUAAACACUUACGAAGUUGACUGAAAAAAGCUAUGGAUACGCCCGCGACAGGGACCAGCUCGCCUGGUCUCAUCGGCACGGCGCCUCUGCUCCCUCCGCCGAUGCUGGCCGGGUUACAAGCGAUGCCUCAGGCUGUGGCGAUGCCGCCUGUCCCGGGACUGCCGCCCAACAUGACAGCCAUGCCGCCGCCGAUGGGCUUCCCGCCCAUGAUCCCGCCUUUCUCUAUGCCACCACCAGGUUUCCCGUCAUUCAAGACAGAUUUAACUGCUCCUGCACCAGAUGUGGCUCCAAUGGCCAAUCAAAGCAGUCCCUGGUCUGAGCACAAGGCUCCUGAUGGUAGGACAUACUACUACAACUCUGUCACCAAGCAAAGUCUCUGGGAGAAGCCAGACGACAUGAAGACUCCGGCUGAAAGGCUUUUAUCUUCAUGUGUGUGGAAAGAAUACACAACAGAUGCUGGCAGAGUUUAUUAUCACAACAUUGAGACUAAGGAGUCCAGCUGGGUUGUGCCUAAGGAGCUCCAAGAAAUCAAGGAUAAAAUAGCUGCUGAAGAGGCUGCCCAGGCUGCACUUCUUGCGGAGGUGACUCCAGCAGAGGUGCCCUUGCCUGGCUCACCAACUGUCUCCAGCUCUGGCAUAUCGGCUCUGGAUGAAGCAAUGGCCAAGACACUUGCUUCGAUCGACCCUUCACUUGCAAACAACAUACCGAUUCCAGAAGAAAUAAUGCCUGAAGAGAUAGUAGCUCCACCGAUGGCCGGUGGCGCAGACAGCAAUGAUCAAGCACCCGAAUUCCAGUACAAGGAUAAAAAAGAAGCUAUCGAAGCAUUUAAGGAGUUAUUGCGGGACAGGAAUGUGCCAUCAAACGCGACAUGGGAGCAAUGCGUCAAAAUAAUCUCAAAGGAUCCUCGCUAUGGUGCGUUCAAGAAACUCAAUGAGAAGAAACAAGCAUUUAAUGCUUACAAAACACAAAAGUUAAAGGAUGAGAGGGAAGAACAGAGGUUAAAAACAAAGAAGAAUCGCGAGAAUCUUGAGGAGUUCUUGCUGACUUGUGACAGGGUAACAUCGCUUACAAAAUACUACAAAUGCGAAGAAAUGUUUAGUAAUCUUGAGAUCUGGCGUUGUGUGCCUGAUUCGGACAGGAGAGACAUAUUUGAAGACAGCAUAUUCACUAUCGCAAAAAGGGAAAAGGAGGAAGCAAAAGCACUUAAAAAACGUAACAUGAAAAUGUUAGCACAAGUCUUGGAGAAUAUGAAUGAAAUAUCAUACAGCAGCACUUGGAGUGAAGCUCAAGUCUUGCUUCUAGAAAAUUCAUCUUUCAAGAAUGACGUCAGUUUGCUGGGAAUGGACAAGGAAGAUGCUCUGAUUGUUUUCGAGCAACACAUUAGAAACUUAGAAGCUGAGUACAUCCAAGACAGGGAACAAAUUAAAAAGAGGAAUAAAAGGCAGCAGAGAAAAAAUCGGGAUAACUUCUUAGCACUGCUUGAGGGUCUACAUGAAGAAGGGAAACUGACGUCAAUGUCUUUAUGGGUCGAACUAUACCCAGUAAUAUCGGCUGAUAUGCGAUUUUCAGCUAUGCUUGGUCAAAGCGGGUCAACGCCUCUAGACUUGUUCAAGUUCUACGUGGAGAACCUCAAGGCUCGUUUCCACGACGAAAAGAAGGUUAUUAAGGAGAUCCUCAAAGAGAAGGCGUUUGAAGUGCGUCCCGACACCACGUUCGAGGAGUUUGCUACCGUCGUGUGUGAAGAUAGCAAGUCGGCCUCACUAGACGCCGGCAACGUCAAGCUGACCUACAAUUCGCUGCUUGAGAAGGCCGAGACAAGGAACAAAGAGAAGAUGAAAGAAGAAUCCAAAAUGCAGAAGAAAAUCGAAAGUGCGUUCAAAUGGGCUCUAACGGACGCGAACAUAGACUACACAUUACCGUGGAGCGAGGCCAAAGAGAAGCUAGACCUCUCGGCGCCGGAAUUCGCUGCCGUGCCGAGUGAGGAAGACCGCGUUAGGAUAUACAAGGAUUACCAACACGAGCAAGAAGACAGCUGCAUGCACUACCACCACCCCAAGCCUCGCAAGGCGAAGCGUUCCAAAAAGAAGAAGCGCUCGCACUCCGCCUCUCAGUCAAGGUCGCGAUCGCGUUCGCCCGCGUCACCGCAGCCGGCGGCGCGCUCGCCGUCGCCCGCGCCGUCCCGUGGAUCCGUGUCUUCAGAAGAAGGACGUAAGCACAAGAAGCCCAAACGCAAGCAUAGGAAGCACGAGCCCGUGCCGCAGAAAUCCCCGAGCCUAGAAGAGGGCGGCAUCUCGGACGACGAGCCGCCGCGCCACAAGAAGUCCAAGCGCAGCGCGCCCAGCAGCCCCGAGCCCGCGGAGCACCGGCCCAAGCGCAAGAAGGACCGCAAGGACAAGAAGGAGAGGCGAGUACACACACAGUAGCGUACACGAUAGUAU